AUUGUGUGUGGAGCGGAUCGCUGCUACUGCAGCUCUAYACCGCCGGGUGGACGGCGGAUCGGAGGAAAAUGGCGGACGGUGUGGAUCAUAUCGACAUCUACGCCGACGUAGAGGAGGAAUUCACCCAGGAGCCAGAGUACCCAGCUCACGAGCARAUCGACCUGUACGAUGAUGUGAUAUCCCCAUCAGCCAAUAACGGGGAUGCGCCCGAAGACCGUGAAUACCUGGAUGCCCUGCCUGCCCCGGGUGGGUCAGACGGGGGGAAGAGUGCCCCACCUAAUGUGGUCUACACCUACACAGGCAAAAGGAUCGCCCUGUACAUCGGAAACCUUACGUGGUGGACAACAGAUGAGGACCUGACAGAAGCCAUCCGUUCGAUAGGCAUCACAGAUGUGCUGGAGAUAAAGUUCUUUGAAAACAGGGCCAACGGCCAGUCUAAAGGGUUUGCUCUUGUGUGUGUGGGUUCAGAAUCAUCGUCCAGAAAGCUAAUGGAUCUGUUGUCCAAAAGGGAGCUCCACGGACAGAAUCCUAUUGUUACACCAUGCAAUAAACAGUCGCUCAGUCAGUUUGAGAUGCAGUCACGUAAAAGUAAGAGGGGUAACCAGUCAGGACAGAUGUCUGGGGAAGGUAAGGCUGGACCUCCCGGAGCAGGCUCCCGUAGUGGAUUCCCCAUGGGCAGUCGAGGCAAAGGAAGGUUUCCCGGACCACCCGGUCCCGGAGGAGACCGUUUCCCCGGUCCUGGGGGGCCUGGAGGACCACCACACUUCCCGGGCUCUGGGAUGAGACCAGAUCUGGUUAGGCACCAAGAUGGCCCUCUGAUGGAAAUGAGUUUCAAUCCUUUCCCACCAGGGGGCAGGGACGGGAGCUGGCAUAGCAGAGGUGGGAUUCAGGGUCAUCCACGCCCUCCUCCAGGUCCACCUGGACCCCCUGGCCCUCCAGGUCCUCCACCUGGCCAGGGUCUGCCGCCUCCUCUGCCGGGUCCUCCAAGUCGUGGCGACAGACCUCCUCCCCCUGUCCUCUUCCCUGGUCAGUUUGGCCAGCCUCCGCUGGGACCUCUCCCCCCAGGCCCACCUCCUCCAGGUUAUUGCCCCCCUCCAGGUCCACCACCCCCUCAACAGGGCCCACCUCCUCCAGGCCCCUUCCCUCCACGCCCUCCAGGUCCCAUUGGGCCCCCGCUGGCUUUGGCUCCACCACCCCAUUUGCAAGGUCCUCCUCCUGGUGGCCCACCACCUGCUCCUCAUGUGAACCCAGCUUUCUUUCCCCCACCUGGCAACAACAUUCCCCCCAACGACGGACGAGGCCCCCCAGGGCCAAACGACCCAUACGGACGACCGCCACCAUAUGAUAGGGACUAUGGUCCUGGAGGCAGAGACAUGGAGUCUUCGCGAACCCCACUAAGCGAGGCAGAGUUUGAGGAGAUUAUGAACAGGAACAGAGCCAUCUCCUCCAGCGCCAUCUCUCGAGCUGUGUCUGAUGCCAGUGCAGCUGAAUAUGGCAGUGCUAUAGAGACUUUGGUGACAGCCAUCAGCCUGAUCAAGCAGUCCAAAGUGUCAGCAGAUGACCGCUGUAAAGUCCUCAUCAGUUCCCUUCAGGAUUGUCUCCAUGGUAUUGAGUCAAAGAGCUAUGGUUCUGGGUCAAGAAGAGAGCGCUCCAGAGAACGCGAUCACAGCCGUUCUCGGGAGAAGAGCCGGCGACACAAGUCUCGCAGUCGUGACCGCCACGAGGAUUAUUACAGAGAGCGCAGCCGGGAGCGGGACCGCCACCGYGAGAGGGACCGGGACAGAGACCGCGAUAGAGAGCGGGAGAGGGAGUACCGUCACCGUUAGCUGAAACCGGAGCUCACGGGGAUCAAGGAUGGAAGGAAGGAAAAGGAGGAGCACCUUCAGUGCAACGUUCCCACCCUCUGCACCCCGCUCACCCUGCAUGACCGGACAGGAGUAACGGCCACCAUCUCCUCCUCCACCCCCCCUUCCAUUUCUCCUCUCCUUUCCUUCUCCACCCAUCCUUCUCUGUCUGUUGUCUUAUUUAAGAGCAGUGGAUGGAAGAGCUUCACAUGCGCAAAAAAGGCUUUGUUGUCCAAACAUCUCUACUCGUGGUAACUAAAUUUGAAAGAAAAGAAACUUUCCAAGCAGCUCUUUUGCUUUGUUUUAUUUAACAUAAAAUAUGUGUAAAGCUUUUUCUUUUCUUUUCUUUUUUGUGCAAAGAAACAAUAAAACAGCCAUGUGAUCCUCUGAUAGAAGACGCACAUAUUACUUUUUAUUUUUCUUUGGCUUGUAUUGUGUAAACUGAGUUUAGAGAAGUUUUUAUAGGGAACGUGUUUUGAUGUUUUCUUCCCUCCUCUCCCUCUCAUUCUCAUUUAUUCUUUCCGGUUUAGUAUGUUUGUAAAUGUGUCUGCUUUUUUGAUUAAAAACUAGAUGGUGUUGUAAUAAAAAUGUUUACUGAGGUACACUCAUCUGGUGAAUUGCUCUUCAAGUUUGGUUCAUUUAUAUUAAAUGUAUUUUUCUGGGAUUUUAAAUGUUUUUUACAUUGAAUUGUCUAUUUUUAGAUGAUGCUUUUUGGCUUGCUGUCCUUUUGUUUUAUUUUUGGCCAAAUGGGAGAAAAACUCUUUCAAGGUAAGACAAAUUAGACAAACGCACGUUUGUACAGGUAGAUGUGUGCAUCGGUGGAUUCUGAUCAAUUUAGAAUAUGUCCAUAAGACAUUUUCUGUCCUUUUUAAACCAAAUAUUGUCAACCAAAACCAUGCUGCUGUUUAUACGACCAUUAAUUUAUGUGUAAUUUCACUGAAUCGUCUCUAAAACUGACCAGCACCUG